UUUUAAUCUAGCAAGAAUUAUAAGUCUAGGCCACGUACGACUCAACCAUUGCAAGGAAAUCACGAAUCUGCACGCGUUAUGAUGUACCCAUCAAUGCUGUCUCAUUACACAAUAAACUAUGCUGACCAUUCACAGAAGUCCAGUCCCCAGGCUAGCUUUCGAUCAUACAGCGCAUCUUCGACUCCAACGCGUCCAAAGAGAAGAAAUUCGGACUAUGAGGACAAUUUCAAAAAGGUCAAACAGAGCCCGACUACUCCUUCGAACAAGAUCCCAACUGAAAAAUUAACGUUGGAAAAUAUCAACCUCAACGAAUAUCCUAAAUUCCACCACCCGGAUGGGGGCUUUAUCCAGUUCACCCCAAUAGGAAACGUAAGGACCUGGAUGGGUGACGACAACAUCGUACGCAAAACAAUAGAGAAAAAUUCAUCUUUCGAUUUAAACAAGCUUAAUCAAGGAAUAGAUGGGUAUACCCUGUACCUUGGAGACAACAGAGAUUCAGGUAUACAAAUAGACAGUUCUCCGUCGAACGAGGUCGAAAAUUAUAUGCGAGUUGGUUAUAGUGGAACUGGCCCUUCUGGCAGUAGUACAACUGAGAAUACCGGGUACUACGAUGAUGGAGGGUCUUCAGCCAGCCGACUGCAAUACUUCUUUGACGACGACGACGAGUUUGACAGCGACGAGAACAUGGAAUAAAGUCUUACUCCAGCGACCCGACGACAUUACAUAAGCGAUUACCUUUCCAACCAUUUUUUCAGAUUCCAUGCUAGGCGGCCCGCGCGCAUACACCGAUGCCCUGUUUCGGCAGAAUGUAUAUUAGACAGCAGAGUGUGUAGUUUUCAACAGUG